AUGGAGCGCCUGCUGAGCUGCCUGCUGCUCGGGUAUCUGACCUGGAACCUGCGGAUUUCGGACGCGCAGGGGGAGUACUGCCACGGCUGGCUGGACUCGAACGGGAACUACCACGAGGGCUUCCAGUGUCCGGAGGACUUUGACACCAUGGACGCGACCGUGUGCUGCGGCUCCUGCUCGCUGCGCUACUGCUGCGCGGCCGCGGACGCACGACUGGACCAGGGCGGCUGCACCAACGACCGGGAGGUGGAGAACACCGAGUUCGCAGCGCAGCCCAUCUACGUCCCCUUCCUGAUGGUGGGGAGCAUCUUCGUGGCCUUCGUGGUGGUCGGCUCUCUGGUGGCCGUGUACUGCUGCACCUGCCUGCGGCCCAAGCAGCCGACCCAGCAGCCCAUCCGCUUCUCCCUGCGCAGCUGCCAGGGCGAGACCAUCCCCAUGAUCCUCACCACGGCCCCGCCCAGCCUGCGGGCCCCGUCGCGACAGUCCAGCACGGCCACCACCAGCUCCAGCUCGGCCGGAGGAGGAAGCUCCAUGCGGAGGUUUUCUCUCGGGGGUCCGGGGGGGCAGCAGCAGCAGCACAGUUGCCUGGUGUCUGCCACCAUGUCCUCGUCAGCCUCCACCCCCACCCAGACCCCUCAGACUCUGCCUUUUCCACCUCCCCCCUACGCAUCCCCACCCAUGCAACAUUCGCUGCCCCCCGCCCACACCCAGCUGCAGCUCCACCAGACCUCCAUCCCCUCCCACCACUCCCACCACUCCCACCCCUCUCAGAGCGCCGGGUUCCUGUUGCCGCAGCAGUACUUCUUCCCCCUGCAGCCCGACGCCUUCACAUCGGCCAAGAGCUUCGCCGACUUCGGACAGAGCUGACACGGCUCCCGGGGGGGGGGGAAGUAGAGGGAUUACAAGAUUACUGGACGGUGGGUGUGAGCUGGCGAGGUGAACACACUGCAGCACAGCUGGCGGCGUCUGGGACGGACAGAGAGUGACAGUGAUGAAGGAGCUGCUGUGGUCGGACACCGAGGCCCCGAAGCUCUUCCUGCUCUGCAGCUGCAAAGUUCAACAGACCCAACGAUUCUGAAUCUCAUGCACUUUUAUAUCAUGUUGUAAACAGAUUUCUGCGGUCUGCGUUUUAUUUUUUUAUACACAACAAUUCUCAAGGUGGAAAUGUGAGGCUGAACUCUUGCCAGUUGUAUCACACCCCCCCUCCUCUGCAACAGAAGACGUUCAGGCUCCUCUGAGGUCUUUAGAGAUCAUUUCCACUGUACAUGUUGGAAACCAGGGAACUAGGAUCUUUGACAAUCGC